GCUACUAAGUCUUUUUUCAUCUUCUGCCAGGAUGGGAGUGAUAGAGCUUCCCAACCCAUCUAGGAUCCUGUGCUUUUCUUUUCAUAUUAUCCUCAUUCUGCUUCAACAGACUACUGCCGAAAGAGAACUGAAGUUUGUAGUUGUCGUUUUCCGACAUGGUGACCGAACACCAAUUGUAAACUUUCCAACUGAUCUACACAAAGAAAGUGAAUGGCCCCAGGGAUUUGGACAACUUACCCAGACUGGAAUGAAGCAGCUAUUUGAACUCGGACAGUACAUGAAGAAAAGAUAUUCCGACUUUUUGAACAGCACAUACAACCGGCAAGAGUUUUACAUUCAAAGUACAGAUUAUGAUCGCACCAUUAUGAGUGCCCAGUCAUACCUUUCUGGCCUCUUUCCACCAACUAGCAGCCAAAUCUGGAACCCUGAGCUUCUCUGGCAACCCAUUCCAGUUCAUAUUUUUCAAAAAUCAACGGAGCGGAGGUUGAAUUUUCCUCUGCCUGACUGUCCCCGUUUUGAUGAACUUCAGAAUGAAACACAAACAUCUAGUGAAUUUCAAAAGAGAAUACAACCAUACAUGGACUUUUUACAAACAAUGGCAGUUAACACAGGACUUGAACUAAAUAAUCUUAAAAUACUGGACAACUUCCAGCUCUGGAAUACAUAUGACACUCUACACUGUGAGGAUAUUCACAAUUAUACUCUUCCUGUAUGGGCCACCAAAGAUGUAAUUAACAAAAUGGAAAAACUGGCAGAAUUGUCCUUAUUAUCACUAUUUGGGCUUUAUAAAACAGAAGAGAAAUCACGACUACAAGGAGGUGUCCUUGUGAAUAUUAUUUUAAAUAGUAUUAAACAAGCUGCAAGUUCUUCAAAAAAAAGAAAAAUGGAGGUCUACUCUGCCCAUGACACCACAAUUGGGGCCCUCCAUAUUGCUCUCAAUAUUUUCAAUGGAAAACUGCCACCAUACGCUUCUUGCCAGUUUUUUGAACUCUACCAAGAAAGCAGUGGGCGAUAUAGCAUUGAAAUGCAUUAUCGGAACGACUCUUCAAAGGAUCCUUACCUACUCACUCUGCCAGGAUGCACCUCUGCUUGUCCACUUGAGAAAUUUGCUGAAUUAGUUUCUCCUGUAAUUACAGAAAACUGGUCAAAGGAAUGUGGGAGGAAAGACAAAACGAAAGAUAUUUUUAUUGGAUUUGACAUUGCUGUUGGCUUGUUAUUCAUUUUUGACCUUGUACUACUCUACCUCCUUUAUCAUUAUGGACGCUGCAGGCGCAGAAACAAUUACCAAGACAUUUAAAGGGGAGGUAAAGAAAUGAAAGAGAGAGCAGCUAGACAUCAAGCAAUCCUUUGAGUUGCUUAUAUCCAUCAGUUUGCUCUGGCCAAAUUAAUCUCCAAAGCAUAUUCAAUAAAUUUGAAGAGCUGAGGUGUCUGUGGCCUAGCUCCUAAAAGACUAAACAUCUGCAGUGAGAAAUGCUGUUGAAAUAGAUUAUUGUUAAGAAUUUACUUUUGUAGGAAGAUGGAAUUACUCCAAUUUAUAUAUUUAGGGGUUUUUUACUACUAUUAAUCACUCCUAAGUCAACCAGUGGGAUGAAGGGAUGGAAAGGAUGCUAUUACCUAUGCUUUUUUUUUUUUUUUUAAUUAUUAUUGCCUAUUACUAUUUAGCCCUCUGCUGCUCAAUGAGUCAAAAAUCACAUUCUGUAAUAUUUUUCUUACUUCUUAUAAAUGACUAUUUUGUUGAUGCACAGGAAAAUGUUUUCAGUGAACAGAAGCUGCAGUUACUAGGUGAAAAGGAUUCAUACCAGCACUUGGGCGUAUGUUUCUGCAUUUACUCAUGUAAAUCUAUGCAUGAGUUUUGACUUUGGCCUUCAGCUAAUAAAAGUCUGCAGCCUGCUUUUCAAAGGAGUUACACUACUAUAGCUCUCACCAAAAUUAGUAAAACUCAGGGAAGCUCUAUCACAUAUCCAGACUUCAAGGCAGAAGCUUAGUGCAACAGGAUCGCGGUCAGUGCCCGCCCACAACUUCAGUAAUAUAGAUAAGAAAAUACAUUAAAAUCUAUUUUCUGUUGCUACACUGCUUUCUUAUUUUUCUGAAUUCUCAGUCAUGAGUUAUCAUUUGCCUUGCAUCUUUUCUAUAAUGCAUCUGUUCUCUGUCCUACUUUUGGUCUCUUCGAUAAUCUUAUUUCUUUGAGCCACUCUUACAAUGAUUCCUCGGGCUAUCACUCGGUGAUAUCACUCUGUGAUCACCUUUUAUUUUAGUUUACAGUAAGUCCCUUAACUCCUUGCCCUGUUAAAAAUUCGUUAUGUUAGUAAAACAAGCACUGACAGUAAGAAAAUUAUUUUGAUUUUUGUAUGUUGAUCUCUUCUGUGCAAUAUGUUUUGUUUAGAUUGUAAGCUCCUAAGGGCAGCGAAUGUUUCCAUAAUUGCUCUAUAGUAUCAUAUACUAGUGUCAUAGACACUAAGAUUACUGUAUAAAAUACUCCUUAUCAUCAUAUGUUUCAAGGGCUGAAUCAAGAUUUUUCUUUUAUCCUGUAGUCCUGCAGAGGAUACCGUGAAUUACAUUAACACGGAGAAGCCUUCUUAAAAAUCGAGACAACUAUACAGACAAGUGCCAACAGCAUAUUCAGCCCAACAGCUAUGAUGAACAAUCAUGUGCUCAUGAGCUAAUGAGUCCUGUUGAAGUGCAGAAGUCUAGAGAAAGCUGAGAGAUGGAGCUGCUUAGCUCAGGUGUAGCAUCACAUCAAUGUUUAAUACACUGCUUCUGGACUGACUUUGACUCACAUCUCCAAGUGGGUUGCAACUUGGAGCCCAGGAGCUUGAGUCAGCUACCACUGAUCUAGAGAUCAGCUCUCAAUAUUACAGCUAUGGACAUUUAAAAUGUAGUGUCGUUAGAUGUAUGGAUAUUAAAUGGCAUAAAUCAAACAGCAUAGCAAAGGGUUGUGCACUUGCACUUUCCAAACGUCAUUGCAUUUUCUUGUAGUAGCUUCAGCUAUUGAGGUAUCCACCUUUUGAAGUGGUAUUUUCCACUCAGUAAAAAAUCCCUGACAUUUCCAUUUUAUCUGUUUUAGGAAAUACAAUAAUCAAGUGAUGGAUUUUAUUUUUACAUGGUAAGGAUAUUUAAUUGUAUAACAAUUUUGGACAAAGCUGUCAAAAAGGCUAUCCUUAAACCAGAUGUUUUGGAUGUACAAGCUUCAGAUUGUAAAUAUUGGU